AUGAACGUAUCUAAAAGAGUGAAAAUAAGAGCACCUAGACACUCUUUUUCAUCUAAUAAUGUUGAUUUAGAGUCUUCUUGGCCAAUUUUGGAGACUGCUAUUGAUUUAAUUUACGACGGGAAGCAAUCAACACUGUCCUUUGAAGAGCUGUACAGACUGGUUUAUGACCUAGUAAUACGCAAAUAUGGAGAGCAACUUUUAGAAAAUGUGAAAGAUGCUUUUACUCGAAGAAUGAAGGAUAUUCAUGAUAGAGGGCUGUUCGUGGAACUAUCUUCGAUUGAGUUUUUACGUCGACUAAAUGGAAUAUGGAACCAUCAGAAAUUAUGCUUGAAGAUGAUCAGCGAUACUAUGAUGUACAUGGAUAAGGCUCUAGCGUGGAAGGGUCGGCAAGCAAAUGUGUAUGUCCUUGGACUUGAUUUGUUCAGGGAUAUUGUAGCGAAGCCAAUUGCAGAUAAAAUCGUGAGUUCCAUGAUUAUGGAGAUAAAUCGGGCUAGAAAGUCACUUGUUGAUGUUGAUAUUUCUACGUUGAUCAGCAUUGUGGAUAUGAUGCAGAUAUUAAACGAAGGGAACGAGACAUUUUAUACGUUAUACUUCGAGCCUCAUUUAUUACAAGAUGUAGGUUCCUAUUAUACCCAAUGGCGUCAGCGGUACGCCGAUGAUGCGGUGCUGUAUAUCAACAGGGUACAGGAGGCCUUGAAUAAUGAACUAGCAGUAUACAAGCGCAUUACAAAUGGGCAAUCAGCUGUCAAAUGUAAUGAAGUGAUGAAGAAGAUUUUAAUCUCCGAUAAUAUCGAGUUUGUACUCCGAGAUAGCGUUCAUGAUUGCAUUAAGAAUUCUGAUACGGAAAACUUGCAGUUAAUUAUCGGCUUUUGUAAAGAACCCCAAGAUGAACAAAAGUUUCUGGAUACUUUAUCAAAUUGUGUUAUGAAUGACGGGUUUGCAAUUCCAGAGAACCAAUCUGUUAAAAAGAGGGCCCAACUCUCACUUUCUUGGGUGAAAGGGUUGAUUGAAGUCAAGGAUACUUACGAAAAUAUAUUACACAAAGCCAAUUGUCUGAAUGGUCCCUACAAGAAAUCCAUGAGUGAUGCAUUAGCCAAAGUCAUAAAUAGUAAGCCUAAUAAGUCUAUCGAAUACAUUUCUACGUCCAUUGAUGGUGUCUUGCGGACCAACACAACGCUCAAUAAGGAAAUGCAGACGUUUCUGCAGGACUGCAUUGGCUUUUUUGCAUUGAUCAGGGACAAGGAUCUGUUUGAAUUGUUUUAUAAGCAGCAGUUUUCGAAAAGAUUGUUACAACAGAAGUCUUCACUGCAAUUAGAACAAUGGAUGAUCAGUAGAAUGGCUACUGCAGUUGGAAUUGACUUCACAUCAAAAUUGGAAGGUAUGUUCAGGGACAUCAAUGUUUCUCAUGGGUACGAUAAGAAGUUCAAGGGAUCUGAAAUAAUGGGAAUUGAUUUUCAAGCUAAGGUACUGACGCCAACGUUCUGGCCUUUUAAACCUAUGGAAACAUUGACCCAGGAUGUCGUUCUUCCACUGGAGUUGCAAGAUCUGAAGAUAGCAUACGAAAGUUUCUACUUAGAAAACCAUUCGGGGAGAACGCUUAAGUGGGCAUAUCAUUUAGGUUCUGUUGAAAUUGGUUUCCAGUUCAGUAAGACCUACCAUGAUCUAAGCAUGUCAGUGUAUGCUGCUACAAUAUUUCUAUUAUUUCAGGAUUAUUCGUCAUUAACAAUGCAGGAAAUUGGUGAUUUAACACAUAUACCAGAGCCAGAACUGGUACGUCAACUACUAUCUUUAUCCACAAUACCAAAAACAAGAAUAUUAAAGAAACUGCCGCUUACCAAGUCGAUAAAAUUGACUGACAUUUUUUCAGUUAACUACGAGUUCAGUGUCCCUUCCAGAAAAGUUAAAAUUGUAACAAUCUUAAAGUCUGAGGCUACUCCAUCUUCUGGAAGUACUCCUUUUCCAGCUACCAAGACGAUCGCUGACGAGAUUGAUGAAAACCGUUUGCAAGCCGUAAAUGCUGCUAUUAUAAGGAUCAUGAAGUCGGAGAGAAAACUCACUGACGACAAACUUCAUAACAUCGUUAGCGAAUUACUCUCCUCCAAAAUGAAGGUCACAAAAGAGUUUUUCAAAAAGAGUACAAAUAAUUUAAUUGAGAAAGAAUAUUUACAACGUGAUAUUGACGACUCUGCGACCUUCCAUUAUUUGCCCUAA